CGACAUGAGUGUGGGACUUUUUUUCUUUUCCCCAGUAACCAGUUUCUGGCUGUCAGUUGCGUAAUAAUGGGAAUCCAUGUUAUGAUUGAAGAGGUGUACAGGAAACCGUGUUGUGCCUUGGAGGCAUAGGGUAUAGUAGUAUACAUGUGCCCUUCGUGUAUAGGAAUAACUAGCCAGAGAGUUCCGUUAUACGAUGUAAGAUCAGAAUAUGCCCUCUACUACUACUACUAUUAUCGACCCCAAGAAAACCUUCUUUUGUUCUGCCAUCGCUUUUCUUCCAACUUUUUUAAAUUGCGUCGGUUACGGUUCGUUAUUCAUAUCCAAGGCCGCUGAAAGUUCGUGUGGAAUGCAAUUGAGCGGCAUGAUAGAUAUGCUUGUAGUAUUGUCAUCGAGCCUCUCGAAAGGUAAAUGUCGCGUUCCAAGCGGUGGAGUAGAACAAAGUGUUGAGAUAAGUUACAAGAUGCACAAAAGCCGAUUAGUAUCUUCCACAUCAAGUGCAAGCUGUCUAUGUCAACCCACAGUAUCUCAAUCCGAAAGCAUCGUUUGCAACUUAUAUCAAUUGAAUAGGGGACAAAGAAAAAUUGGUUUAGAUUUACAUUUCACCCAAUCUGAGAAAAAAUCAAAAAGGCACGGCAUCAAGUCGGCCCUAUACGACGUAACCCUGGAAAUGUGUAGUAUUAUGUAUGGGAAAAAGUGUAUAUGUAGCAAGCAGAUACGCACAAACUAUGUAUGUUAAAAUGUAGAUGGAUUGAUUAUAAAUUAUUACUAUUUUUUCAGCAUUGCGAAUUUUCGUCGUAAUUGAGAGGCAAGAUUGGUGGAGGCAAUGAGGCUACUAGGCCGGUCAUUUCGUGAUGAUACGAGUCGGUACGAUAGUGAAGGCGAUGCAUCGAAAUCAUCGUUAGACAUCGUUUCUGGAAGCGGUGAGCUGAGAGCUGUCAAUGUCCGCCGAUGUCCACGCUGUUGUCGUUGUUGCUGAUGCUGCUGCUGCUGCUGCUCUUGGUGUGGCUCUUCCAGUAGUGUGUGUUGUUGGACAAAUAUCACGGGCACUGGUGC